CGAGAUUAUAUGAAGAGUAACAGGAGUGUUUUUAUCAAGGAUAUCAAGUGUCAAUAUAUCUUAUAGUUCUUUUUUGAAAUAUUAAGUGAAAUUGAACGUACGCCUGUGAAAUAUGGAACGUGUAACUAAUUGUGUACAAACUGUGCUUGGUGAAAAAGAUGCAAAUAAGCUUGGUAGAACGCUUACGCACGAGCAUCUGGCCUUGUCUUUUACCUCUUUCUAUGUUGAACCGCCUAAUCAUUUAAAACGAUUUCUUAAUGAUAAAAUCGAGCUUCGAAAUGUUGGAAUUUUGAAACAAUAUCCUUACAGUAGUUUGUAUAAUUUAACGUUUAACGAUACGGAUACAAUUGAUGCUAUUUUGGAAGAUGUGAAGUUAUAUCGCGAAUUUGGCGGUGGUAGCAUCGUAGAAAAUAGCAAUUACGGUUUGAAUCGUGAUAUUCCAAUGAUGAAAAGAGUUAGCAAAGAAAGUGGAGUUAACGUGAUUGCUGGAACAGGCUAUUACGUUGCUGCCACUCAAAGUGCAAGUGAUCUGAAUUUAUCCAAAGAAGAAAUGUACAAUAUAAUGUUGAAAGAGAUGACCGUUGGUUGCGAACAAUGUCCCGACGUGAAAACAGGAUUUAUCGGAGAAGUUGGAAGUACUUGGCCGAUCGAAGAGUUUGAGAAAAGAGCAAUCGAAGCAACAGGAGAACUUGAAGCGCAAUUAAAAUGUCCCGUGAGUUUUCAUCCUGGAAGAAAUUGUGCGGCACCCUACGAAAUAAUGAGGCUUUAUCAAGAAGCAGGCGGUGAUGGCAGUAAAGCGAUUCUCUCUCAUUUAGAUCGAACUAUUCAUGACGAACAACAGCUUUUGGAGUUUGCCGACACGACCAAAUGUUAUUGUCAGUUUGAUCUAUUUGGAAGUGAAUGUUCCUUUUAUCAGUUGAAUCCACUGAUCGAUAUGCAAUCGGAUGCACAACGUAUAGAUCGCGUAAAACUUCUUCGGGAUGAUGGAAAAUUAAAUCGCGUGCUUCUCAGUCAGGAUAUUCAUACUAAGCACAGAUUGAUAAAAUUUGGUGGUCAUGGAUUUUCUCACAUAUUAAAUAACGUUUUACCAAAAAUGAUACUAAAAGGUUUUACUCAAGAAGAAAUUGAUACGAUAACGAUUCAUAAUCCAAAGACAUGGUUGUCAUUUUAAUGAUCUCUUAUCGUUAAUAAAGAGCGUCAAGAGUGUUUUAAAUCUUAUUUUACAUUUUACACUUUUGUAAAUAUCGGCUUAUUAAAUAUGAAACUCGCAAACUAUAUAUCAACUUUUUUAGUUAACUUUUCAGUUACUGGCGACACGUCAAUAUUAUUAAAAUAGAUUAAAUUCUAUUCAAAUAUCGUAAAAAUUAUUUUAUGAUCAAUAUAAAAAUAAAAAUUUUGAUCGAUUUAUUUUCCCUAAGUUGAUUAAAAUAUGAAAUUGCGACGCGGUCCUAAAUCGACAAAUCGUCAGACGAACAAGUAAUUUCUUAGUUUUCCAAGAAAUAAAGUACAUUUUGAACAGAAA